AUGUUCCACAGGUCCAGGAACGCUUCCCCCUCCAGGAGCGGCUCCAGGUCCUCGGCCAUGUGUCCGUCUGUCCGUCCCCCGCCCUGGCUCUCUCGUGGCCGUUCCCCGCCGGGCGCGCUCCCGGCGCUCUCGGCCGCCUUCCUGCAGGUGGCGCUGGUGAGCGGCUCCGUGCGCGCGCUCGGGCUGUGCCUCCCGCCCCUGGGCGGCGCCUUCGGGGCCGCGGCCCGCGCGCAGGCCUGGGUGGGCUCCUGCCCCCUGGCGGCGCUGCAGCUCGGGGGCCCAUUGGCGGCAGCGCUCAGUGCCCGGUUCGGCCCCCAGGCGUGGCCAUGGCCGGGGGGGGCCCUGGCGGGGGCGGGGCUGGUCCUGGGAGCCUUCGCCACCCGCCUGGAACACCUGUACCUGAGCCUGGGGGGGCUGACAGGCCUGGGCUGGUCCCUGUCCUUCACGCCGGCCCUCGGUGCCGUGUCCCGCUGGUUCCCGCGCCGCCGCGCCCUCGCCACCUCCGUCGCCGUCUCGGGCGCCGCCGUCUCGGGCCUGGCGCUGGCCCCGCUCCUCCCUCCCGCCCUGGACUCCUACGGCUGGCGCGGCGCCCUCCUCCUCCUCGCCGCCGUCUCCCUGCACCUCGUGGCCGCCGCCGCCCUCCUCCGCCCUCCUCCUCGCACCCCUCGGGAGCCGCCGGAACCUUCCGGGACCCUCCUGCGGCUGCUGCGCCACGGGCCCUUCCUGCGCUACGCCGCCGCCUUCGCCCUGCUGGAUUUGGGCUACUACGUCCCCUUCGUGCACGGCGCCGGCCGCGCGCUGGAGCUGGGCCUCGACGGCCGCGCCGCCGCCGCCGUGGUGGCCGCCAUGGCGGCGCUGGACGGCGCCGGGCGCUUGGCGGCCGGUUGGUUGGCGGAGCGGCCGGCGGCGGCGCUGCUGAGGCAGCUGGCGGCCUGGGCGGCGCUGGCGGGGUUGGUUGCGCUGGCGACGCCGUUGGGGACGAGUUUCGGGGCGCUGGCGGCGCUGGCGGCGGCGUACGGGGGCUGCGCCGGGGCCGUGGCGCCGCUGCAGUUCGCCGGCGUGGCGCAGGUGGUGGGGGCCGGACGGGCGGCCAUGGCCAUCGGGGUCAUGCAGAUGGUGGAGAGCGUGGGGUCCCUGCUGGGGGCGCCGCUGGCCGGUUGGCUGCGUGACGUCACCGGCGACUUCACCGUCUCCUUCCUGGCGGCCGGCGCCUUCCUCCUGGCCUCGAGCCUCCUCAUCCUCACCCUACCACCCAAGUGA